AUGCUUCGGAAUAUAAAAACACCCAAAGAAGACAUUCCACUAUUCGGAGUUUCUCUGUUUCUCCUGGGAAAUGCUGAACAUAUAAUGAACAAAAUGAUACAAUAUGGUCGGGCCGCAACAGCAUUUGGAGGCAUUACAAAAGCAACACUUGGACCUUUUGUAUACCUCAUAAUAACCGAUCCAGCUUUAAUAGAAGUAGUUUUGAAAAAUUGUCUAGAAAAAGACAAAUUACAUCGAUUUAUACAUUACUUUCUCGGAAACGCCUCAAUUUUUGCCCCAGUUUCCAUUUGGAAGCCUCGACGUAAAGUGAUAGUUCCAGCAUUUAGUCCAAAAAUCAUAUCGAGCUUCUUUGAUAUUUUCGUUGAGCAAAGUAUCAAAUUAGCUGAAUCACUAAAACCGAUGGCAGGAGCAGGAAUAUUUAAAAUUUGGCCAUACAUAAAUAGUUACAACUUGGACUCUGUUAUGGAAUCCGCAAUGGGCACAUCUUUGACAGAUGAGGACAAUUAUGACGUAUUUUUAAAGGCUUCAUAUGAUGCUAUGAAAUAUUCCAGUGAGAGAAUAUUUCAUCCAUGGCUCCAACCAGAUUGGAUUUAUAAAAACAUAAACCGAGGAAAAAAACUGCUGUACCAAAUAUCCGUGGAUAUUUGGUACAGAGAUAUAGCGGGCGAUAUAAUGAAGAAGAUGGUAGAGUACAGCAAGGUCACAACACAUUUUGGAGGUAUAUCAAAAGCGUGGCUUGGACCCUUCUUAUAUUUCAUGGUAACAGAUCCAGCGGCAUUAGAGGUGGUUCUGAAAAAUAAUUUAGAAAAAGACAAUUUGCACCGUUUCUUAAGAUUCUUCCUCGGAAAUGCAUUAAUUUUUGCACCAGUCUCUAUAUGGAAGCCCCGCCGAAAAGUUGCAGUACCAGCUUUCAGCCCAAAGAUAAUUUCUAGUUUUGUCCACGUUUUCGCAGAGCAAAGUGACAAGUUAGCAGAAUUGCUAAAACCUAAAGUGGGGAUUGGAAAAUUUAAAAUAUGGCCUCACAUCAAUGCUUAUAAUCUUGACUCUGUUAUGGAAACGGCAAUGGGUGUCCCGUUAAAUACACAAGAUGAUUAUGAAAACCCAAUUUUAACGGCCACAAAUGACGCAUUUAAAUACACAUGUGAACGAAUAUUCCAUCCAUGGCUUCAACCGGAUUGGUUAUACAAAUUAUUUCCCCAGUAUACUAAAUUGAAGAAAGCAACGAAAAUCAUACACGACUUUACAGAUGAGGUUAUCAGAAAGAAGAAACUACAGCUUAAGGCGGAUCAAAAGAAAUCGAACAUCCAUAGAUUAGAUUUACUGCAAAAUACGGAUAUAACCUUUUUGGAUCUCUUGAUAUCUCAGUCCGGAGGCUCGGAAGGAUACACCAAUCUGGAGCUACGGGAAGAAGUAUUGACGUUCAUUUUAGCCGCUACAGAUACGUCGGCUGUCACAAUGGGCUUCACUCUCAAACUAUUGGGAAAAUAUCCAGAAGUACAACAGAAAGUGUUUGAUGAAAUUGACGCAAUAUUCGGUGAUUCAGAUCGGCUCUUAGAUAAAGAUGAUCUACCAAAGCUUCAAUAUUUAGAACGAGUUAUAAAAGAAACACUGAGAUUGUAUCCUUCAGUACCAUUACUCAUAAGAACUACCACAGAAGAGUCACCAUUGAACGAAAACAUCGUUCUGCCAAAGGGUACAGGCAUAGUUGCUAGCAUAUACGGUGUCCAUAGGAACCCCAAUGUGUGGGGUCCAGAUGUGGACUGUUUCGAUCCGGACAGAUUUUUACCAGAGCGAACUAAAGGAAUGCACCCCUGUUCGUUCAUACCGUUUAGCCAUGGACCUCGUAAUUGUCUUGGUUAUCAAUACGCGAUGAUAUCUAUCAAGACUGCACUUUCCACCAUCCUGAGACGUUAUAAGGUCAUCGAUGAACCAGAGAAAGGUCCUAUACCAAACAUAAGAGUCAAAUUGGAUGUUAUGAUGAAAGCUGUCGACGGUUAUGAAGUGGCUUUAGAAUUACGUGAAAAAUAA